CACGUACAUAGAUGCAUAGAUAGUGCACACGCAUUACAAUGUCACUCUACAUGCAGCGCGGUUGUUGGUUGAUCGAGCGCUGAGCGUCCUUGUUCGCUCGUGCGUAAAUGAGCGUAAAACUGCAAGUACUGAAAGCGAGCCAUACUCGCUGGAGCAUUAGACUAGUUCAUUUGGAAUGCGCGCUAUAACUCGAGCGCCCCAAACAACAAAUUUUGUAUGUGUAGGAUUUGUUGGCAGAUUCGCAGUUCGUCCAGUGCUUCUGCCAGCUAGCGAGUUUGAAUGUUCUCUCACUCGGUCGGCUUACUUAGCGUGACGGGGAGCUCUUGACCAGCGGCCGAGUUCCUCCGCAGUCGUUUUUGGCUACCUGUCAAUAGCGAAUUGGAGAUGAUUGAAUGGAGCGCUGGCUGCACAAGCACCACCACUAGCAAGCACAGUGGAAAUUGCACGCUGAUCGCCUGGCCAGACCCAAGGGCAGUACAGGUGGAGCGACAGACGAAAGGGAGAUCUGGACGAAAUGCUGAUUUGCUGCUGAGGUCUCUCCGCCAAUGCCAGGAUCAGGAGCAUCAGCAACGUCCUGACCGUCCCUGACUAGAGAGGUUUGGCUCUGGAGCGCUGCAUGCAGUGUGAGGAGCGUACUUUCAUCGAUACUGUACUACUACUAGGCUCGACGUUUUGAUUUCGACUGGCUGAGUGCGUGCUGCACCUGCCCUACUGGACUCUAGCGGUUCAUUGCUAGUACUACGUGCAUUCAGUAGCUGUGCUCGGAGCUGCGCCGGCGACGUCAUGGCGUUCAAUCCCCAGGGUUCAAUGACCCCGGGCGGUGGGCAGAUGCAGUUCACCGGUCAAGCGCAGCCAGAAGCCGAGAAUCGCAUCAAGCAGCUGCUGGACCAGCAGAGUCGCAUCCAAUUGGCCAUGCAGCAAUGGCCAAGUGGGCCGAUGAAUGACCAUUAUCGGCGACAGCAAGUGCAGAUCGAGCAUGACCUGGACGUGCUGUUUUCGCAGAUGUCGCAAGCCCCGAGCGGCUGGACCAGCACAAACUACGACUCAGGUACGAUCAGUGCUCCGGAAUUGGGCGAGGACAUGGCCAUGCAAGGCAUCCUGGAGCAACCUAUCGCCCCUGGGCAUGUCAUGUCCCAGCACUAUCCACAGGGCAUGGUCAACGGGUACCCCGGUGGAGCGGGUGGAGCGGGCUCAAUGCAUGCAGAGAUGCUCUACCGCCAGUCCAUGCAGCACCAGCAGCAGCAACAGCAGCAGUACCAGCUUCACCAUGCCCAGCAGUCGCAGCAGUCGCAGCAGCAGCGCAUGCCGUCUGCUAGGCACAUGGACAUGGGAGCUGUUGGCGGUGGAGCUGGUGGUGGGCCUCACACACAGCAGCCAGGCACAGGUAUGCAUGGAUCAAUGGCCAUGGAUACACCGCGACAGCAGCAGCAGCAACAGCAUGCCGCUAUGAUGCAUCCACACGCACAGGCGGUCGGCGGAUUCUCUCGAUCCUCCAACCCACAACAGAUGCAGCAGCAGCAGCAGCAGGCGCUGCAUCACAGUAGCUGGGGUCCGGCAUCGGACGGUAUGUCUCAGUCGCAGCAGCUGCAUCAACAGCAAAUGCUGAUGCAGCAGCAGCAGCAACAACAACAGCAGCAGCACCACGCGUCGUCGGUGUAUCGCGCCGCCUCAAGUCCUGGGCAGACGACUCGGGCCCUGCCUGCCGUUUCCCCGGCAACCGGCCACAUUGCUAAGUCGCACGUCUCACCACAGGCUGGCGGCAGUGGAGGCAUUGCCUCGGCAUCAAGCUCUCCAGGGCUGCAACUUGGGCAGGCAAUUGCUGCCCUCUCACGUUCGGCCGCCAGCACACCCAGCCAGGAGACAACAUUGGUCGAUCGGCUGGCCGCAGUGGAGCAGAGGCUGAGCGUCACUGCCAAGGGUCUGCAGAGCUCCUCUGUCAAGCAGCUGAGCAGUGCGGAUGCCACCGAUCUGAUAACCAAGUCUAUGGAUGACAUUGUGUUUGCCCUGAGCAAACCGGAGAACAAUGCAGUGCUACUACCGGCGGCUAACAUCGUCUUUCACCUGUCCAAGGCCGAUGGUGCGCGCAGUGUCAUGGGUCAGUCUAAGACUCUGAUGUCGGCGAUAAUAGGCGCGCUGGCGUUGACACAGACUACGGAAGUGGUUCUGAAGCUCUCUGGUGCCGCGCACUUCCUAACUCAGAAAUACAAGGCUGCAACUACUGCAUAUAUCCACGAAUGCGGGGGAACGCGCGUGAUUUGCUCAAUGCUAAAGUUUGCUAUUGAAGGUGCAAUAGUGUACGCUGUACAGAUCCUGUACAUUCUGCUAACCGAGGUGCCCGCUUCCAAGAAGGUUGUCCGAGAAUGCGAAGCCAUCCAGGGCCUUGUCUACUUACUAGGGCGUAUACGGCGUGACAGACUUCUGGCACUGAUCCUCGACUGCCUCUAUCACAUCUGCAUGGGCGAUCCCGACUCUAAACUCAUGACCAUGGCUUGCAACGGUCCACAAGAGAUUGUGCGAGUGUUGCAAACCAACGACUACCAGAAGCUGGUAACUACUGGUAUGCGUGUGCUCAAGGUUCUCUCAAUCUGUCAACACGUCAAAGAGUCAAUAGUCAAGUGUGGGGGCAUGCAGGUGAUGGCCAAGCAUAUUCACGGCGAGGGAAAGAUUAAGAGGAAUGUCCUGCUGACGAUACGCAACCUUAGCGACACCGCCGGAAAGGAGCCCAACAUGGAGCCAAUCAUCGGCAGUUGCUUGGAGCUACUGGGGGACUCCGAUGUUACCACAGUCACCUGCUCAGUAGGAAUACUCAGCAAUCUGACCUGCAACAACCCGCCAAAUAAGAACUUCCUGUUCAUGAAGAGCGGCAUACAGUCGCUGCUACAGCUUUGCUCCUACUGUUCGCCCGACAACCAGAAGGACAUCAUUGAGCGUUGUCUGUGCACCCUCAGACACAUGACUAACGGCUUUGAGAGAGCAGAACACGCCACACAGGCAUUCCUCGUGAACGACGGCCAUAAGCUGAUUUCUCGCUACAUGGCCCCGUCGAGUUGGUAUUUCACCAAACACGCCGCCGGGCUCCUGGACAACAUUGCCGCCUACCAUACGAAUCAUGCAAUUCUCUGUGAAGACCCGGAUCUGCUGCCACGCUUAGCUGCAGUGAUUAACAUGGUGAAGUCCAGCCAUGAUGUUAAGCAGGACAACAUCUCGCUGCGGGAAGUGCACGACAUGUGCAUGCAGUGCCUCAAGGCUCUCGUGCAGAAUGAGAACAACCACCAGAAGCUGCUAUCGCUCGACUGCAUGGCACUACUGGAGGAGGCAUCCCACAUGGACCCGCAUAUCAAUGCCAUGGAGAACCUCACCAUCGGCGCUGAUCCUGCACCCGAGCCGGCAACGCAAGAGCUGAACGAAUUGUUCAAUUUGGAUGGUGGAGCGGAUGAUUAUGGAGACGCGGCUUCCGCUGUGGAGCCGUUUGGAAAGAAGCUAACCGAUGAGGUGGGACUUGCCCUGUUGAGUGGCAACCCAGCGAUGGCGGAGGACUACUUGAAUCUUGGUGGAGAGGAUUUCGACGCACUGCACAGCGGUAUGGCUAACUUCACACAGUCCGGAGAUCUAGGCGAUAUUGGUGAGCUCCUGGCCAUCACCAGCCUGCCAAGUCCAGGCGCACAGUCGGCUUCUUCCGACGCAUCCAACACAUCCGGAUUCGGUAGCAGCACGUCCUUUGGGGCCGGUGGUCUGUCAACAUGAAUGACAAACAGACCUGACCCCCAAAUGAUGGACCAACAAGAGCCCUCCCCCCCCCCCCCCCCCCCGAGGUAAAGCCCUCAGCCCUCGGUCCUGUCACUUCGGCAUGCAUCCCGCCGCCGUCAAGAACUGCUCACCCGUCCAUGGCAAUCGGAUUUCGCCGGCAAGUUUAAGAUUCGCAUCGGCGGCAGCAGCAACACUGGCGGAUCAGCUGUUGCAGCGUUUGUGGAGUACUGCGGUAACAGCGUGCUGGCACUGCCUUGCCCGCCACAAGUUGAAGAGAGAAUCGUAUAUAGUGCCACCGCAAGGCUACGCACACACUCCUUGAGCAUGGCUAUGGAAGGAGCCAUUACUUUGAAUUUCGCCUUAUCAUCAGUUUGCAUCUGCUUCUGCUGGUUAACGUCAAAUUGUCUUGAAAUGCGCGCUGCGCGCGCGCGUGUGUGUGUGUGUGUUUGUGUGUGAGUGAGAGAAAGAGAGAGGUGUGUGUGGGCAUAUAUGUGUGUGUGUGUGUGUGCACGCGUUCGUGUUUGAGUGUGUGUGCGUGUGUGUGUGCAAAUUGGCCACACCGUCUUCGUUUGCUGCCCUAUCAAGGCUGGUGUUGUAUAUAUAUACGAGAGUACAUUAAGUAUAAUUAUGAUUUACCUGGUGUACCGCCACUACAAGAACUAUCAUGUGUGACAUACCCGAGUACCAGUCAGCGGCCAUUUGCAAGAAUUUCGCCUGCUCACGACACGCUCAUUCGUAGCUUUUUCCGCUAUCCUGUUCACGAUUCUCACCUGCCGUGAAUACACCCUCGGUAUUGUCGUUGGUGCGUACACGGAGAGCCGUCGUUGCAUUAGAGUUCCAGCCAUGCAUUAGUGCAUUAGUGCCAUGGCUGCAGAGUGCGCAGUACAUACCGCUAACAUACGCGCGUGUGCUGUUUUUUUUUUAGUUGCCCCGUAGUCAGCCCCCUCCAAUACAUCCAGCACGUCCCCAUUUCGGCACCAGUGCUUCGUUUGAGGCCGGCCGCUGUCAACAAUGUCAAUGACAAGUGCCCUGACCGAAUGAUGGACGGACAAGAGCCCCCCCCCCCCAGCUAAAGCCCUCGGUCCUGCCACAUCCGCCAUAUGCGUCCUGGCGUCAAAUGCCCGGGACCUUUCCACGGCAACAGGGAAUAUGCCGGGAAAUUUGAGCUUCGCAGGUAUGGCUGACUUUCGCCGAUCCACGUUGAUUGGUAACUCUCCGCCACAGGAUGUGGAUGUGCAGAUCACCAUAGCAACCAAGCACGACUUUCUCCGCUACCCUGGAAGCCAUUAGCUCAUUUUUUACUCAAUCUGCUUCAUGUUAUGCAUUGUAUUGGUGCUGCUUCCCUCGUGCACACACAUACACACACACAAGUACAUACACACAUACACACACAUACACACACAUGCACACACACGCACACAUACAUACACACACAUACACGCAUACAUACACACACCCAAACACACACACUCCGUAGAACCCAUCAAUAUCCUUACUUUGCCUGAUGAUUUGAUUUCCCUGGUGAUUUCACUGAUAUGAACAUGGAAAAGCUUG